CCUUCACACAGACGUGGAGUCAGUUAUAAUUAUUAUUACAAUUAAAAUGACAGUAGCUGAAAUUAGUUACAAUGAUAGUUGGGUUACAGUUGCAGUUACAAUUAUAUUAAAGCAUCACAAACAGCGCAACACAUGAACGUGUUUACUCUGUUUAUUCUAAAUUACCCAGCAGGUAGAAAUACAAAAACAUACUGUAUACAUUUCAUUUUAAACUUGGAAAGGUGUGUAAUCAAAUUGUAAUUGAACUGCAUGAUAUAAUUACAGUUACACCUACACUUACACAGGAGUGCCAAAGUUCAGCUACCAUUGCGAUUGCGUUACAAAUGUGAUUGCCCCAAUGUUUGCACCUAUAUUUCAUUUGCUCAUCACUAUGACUCUUAAUUAAACGAUGUUAAGCAGUUUCAGAUAAACGCCUUCAUCCACCAGUGAAGUGGAUAUUUUUGAAGAUAACCCACAAACGGGAAGUUACAGAACGAACUGAAAAACAAGAGUGUGUGAAAUGGGUUGUUCCUCUGUGAAGGGAGUGCAAAAGAUAAUAAUUUGGAUGAAUGAAUUGCAGAAAUGCACAGAGCAGCCCAUGCUAAUGUAGGGGCUCUUUAGCAAAGCAGGUAAAUGCGAGGUGUGUAUUAGGUAAGCGAGCAGAACUGAAUAUGAUCGGGUGGUGCAGUUAAAGCUGACAGAAUUUUAUAAAUUUUCUAAAACAAAAUUAGAAUCAACGUCAUAACGAUAGAAACCCUUCAAGAUAAUGAAAUAGACAUUUCUUAUCACUGCAUGCUUUGUAACAGUUGGAUGCAUGGUUCUCGUGCCCGCUUGUACUGCAUUUUGCACUGUGAUACUGCUCCAGGCAAGUUGUAGAGGAAAUGUGAUAGGUUACUUAUUAUAGCAAUGUUAAAACAGAAUUGCACAUCUACCACAAAACCUCAGAAACUGCACCCAGGCUGCCUUACAAAAUCGAAUGUGAAGGCUGGUCUACAGGGGAAAAGGGAAGUGUGAUGGGAGAGCUACAGGCAGCCCACACUGCAGAGAAGAGAGCAGCACUGUUAUAUCAGCAGUUUUAAAGCAAGCCUACAUCUCCACUAAUGUCAGUGUAUGUAGAGUUUUGUCUUUCCCCUGUCAUGGUUUCAACCUGAUUUGCUCAAAUUGUUUUUUUAUUGGGUUUGUAAUAUUUGCAGGUGUUUCUUCUUUUCAGAAAGCACAACUAAAAUGACAAAGCACUGCUGUUACAUAUCAGUAUUAUGGGUCAGUUUUUUUUUAACCCAGAGUGGAGUGAAAACUAUGGUGUAUAUUGUUACAAACUCCAGUAGCUUACUUUGCCUACACUGAAGACCUGCAUGCUUACCUGUGAGGAAAGGGGAUUUCGCAGAAUGAGUGCACUUCAGUUUCUCUGUGGCCUAAUAGAGAAGUGAAACAUACUUAUUGUAUUUAAUACAAGGGUUAGAAUGGAGUGUUUAGAAUAGUUCUUUAUUCAGACGAGGGUAAUAUCAGUGCUGGGGAGCUGAGAAUGGAGUGUUUAGACUAGUGCUCAUUAUUAUUAAUGCACAGUGUAAUGGCGGUGCUGGGGAGAUGGUAAUCAACUCUUCAGAGGGGUGUAUUUCAGGCACAGUGUAAUGGUGGUGCUGGGGAGAUGGUAAUGGAUUCUUCAGAGGGGUGUAUUUCAGGCACAGUGUAAUGGCGGUGCUGGGGAGAUGGUAAUGGACUCUUCAGAGGGGUGUAUUUCAGGCGCAGUGUAAUGGCGGUGCUGGGGAGAUGGUAAUGGACUCUUCAGAGGGGUGUAUUUCAGGCACAGUGUAAUGGCGGUGCUGGGGAGAUGGUAAUGGACUCUUCAGAGGGGUGUAUUUCAGGCACAGUGUAAUGGCGGUGCUGGGGAGAUGGUAAUGGAUUCUUCAGAGGGGUGUAUUUCAGGCACAGUGUAAUGGCGGUGCUGGGGAGAUGGUAAUGGAUUCUUCAGAGGGGUGUAUUUCAGGCACAGUGUAAUGGCGGUGCUGGGGAGAUGGUAAUGGACUCUUCAGAGGGGUGUAUUUCAGGCACAGUGUAAUGGCGGUGCUGGGGAGAUGGUAAUGGAUUCUUCAGAGGGGUGUAUUUCAGGCACAGUGUAAUGGCGGUGCUGGGGAGAUGGUAAUGGACUCUUCAGAGGGGUGUAUUUCAGGCGCAGUGUAAUGGCGGUGCUGGGGAGAUGGUAAUGGACUCUUCAGAGGGGUGUAUUUCAGGCACAGUGUAAUGGCGGUGCUGGGGAGAUGGUAAUGGACUCUUCAGAGGGGUGUAUUUCAGGCACAGUGUAAUGGCGGUGCUGGGGAGAUGGUAAUGGAUUCUUCAGAGGGGUGUAUUUCAGGCACAGUGUAAUGGCGGUGCUGGGGAGAUGGUAAUGGAUUCUUCAGAGGGGUGUAUUUCAGGUGUCCAUUCCCCAAGCCAGCCCCUAAUUCAUGUCUUUCACAGAGAAGGACCACUUCUCCUUGAGCGCUAUUUUAGACUGCACUAUUUUGUAGUCUGUGGGUGUUAGAGGUUGUGAUCACAAGACCUUGUAGGUUUUUUUUUUUCCUCAUUUCCUGACACUGUUACCUCAGAGCCUUUAUCUCUCUUUGCCAAAUGUUCUCUGUGUGCUUGUGAACAUCCAGCUCUGUACUGAACAGUAGGGAGGGCGUCACUGUAAGAAACCAGCAUGUUCUCAAGAACCGCUUUCCUAGCCACCUCUGCCUUGUUAGUGGCUGCAGUCCAGGCUAGCGUCGGACCCCUGGAGACCACGGCUGCCUCUCCCAUCGUUCACCACAAGCCCUUCGUGGUGGUGUGGAACAUGCCCACGUCCAGGUGCCAGUCCAAGUUCGGGAUCAGCUUUGACCUGGCCAUGUUCGACAUCGUCGAGAAUCAGCAAGAGAGUUUCCAGGGCCAGAACAUGACCAUCUUCUACCGAGACAGCCUGGGCCAGUACCCAUACAUCACCCCCGAAGGGGAGCUCACAAAUGGGGGCGUUCCUCAGGAGGCUGCCUUAGAGAGGCACCUGGGCACAGCCAAGCUGGAGAUCGAGGAUCUGCUGAGGGAGGACUUCAGCGGGCUGGCCGUCAUCGACUGGGAGGAGUGGCGGCCGCUGUGGGCAAGGAACUGGGGCUCCUUGAGGAAGUACCGCCGGGUUUCCAAGAAGCUGGUGAGGCUGCGACAUCCAGAGCUGCCCGAGAAGAAGGUCCUAGAGACGGCCAAGAUGGAAUUCGAGAUGGCAGCCAGGGAGCUGAUGUCUAGGACGCUACAGCUGGGCAGUCAUCUCAGGCCCUUGGGCAUGUGGGGUUACUACAAGUUUCCCGACUGCUACAACUACAACUGGAAGAAGCCUGGGAACUACACGGGGCACUGCCACCCAAAGGACCCUGAGAGAAACGACCGUCUGGCCUGGAUGUGGCAGGGAUCCACAGCUCUGUACCCAAGCAUCUACCUGCACCGACCGCUGGCCUCUUCGGGGAAGGGUGCCCUCUACGUACGCUACCGAGUACUGGAAGCCAUGAGGGUGGCGACGUCGUUUGCUUCUGCCAGCGGCUCCCUCCCUGUCCUGCCCUACGCCAGAGUGGCUUUCGCACAAUCGCUGAAGUACCUGAGCCAGAUGGACCUGGAGCACACGAUCGGGGAGAGUGCAUCUCUGGGCGCAGCAGGGGUUGUCCUGUGGGGAGACCUCAGCUUCACCCACACACAGCAUACCUGCGAGGAGCUGCAGGAGUAUGUGAGCGGGGUGCUGGGGCGCUAUGUGGUGAACGUGACCACAGCAGCUCGGCAGUGCAGCGCAAGGCUGUGCAGUGGAAACGGCCGCUGUGCCCGGAGGGACCAGAACUCGAAUACGAGGUUCCACCUCAGCCCCUACAGCUUCCAGAUCAUCUCCCCUCCCUCGCCAGGCAGGGGAGCUCUGAGCGUGAGGGGGAAGCUGAGCAAGAGAGACCUCUGGCAGCUACAGGACUCCUUUAGGUGUGUGUGCUACCGGGGCUGGAGCGGGUUGCGCUGUCAGGACCGGAUCCUGUAGGAACACAGCCAUUGGAAGGGAAUGGGCUGACCCUCUCCGAGCAUGGUGCAGGUUCAUGAUGUCACCCGGGCAGCUUUCUCCUGGACACUCGCAAAAUGACUGUUUCCAAGCUGGAAUGCCAGUUCUCAGCGACGUGACAUUUAUUUAAUUUAAAUGUGAUGUUUGCAUCACAUCUGAUAAUUGUUGCACCAUUUUUAUUUACCAGAGCUUCUACAUUUGUUUGUUUAAAAUUGUUCUGUAUUUUGGUACCAUAGGAGCAGAUUUCCUUGUAGCGUGUUCCAAAUGAUUUAACUGUUAAUCCAUUAUAAAACCCAGCUGUACCAUCAGCACAAGCCCUUGUCAUUGACCCAGGGUGAACAAAUGAAGAGUCCCAGCAGGCUACCUCAAUAACUGCGCAGGCUGGGUGCAUUGUUUAUGGACCUCGGGCUCAGGAUCUCAUGUACUUUAUGGUAACUUGUUUCUAAUGUUCAUGUCUAGUUAUCCUACAACAGCUUUCUAUACAUAAUAACAUGCAACCAUAAUGACAUUUCACAAACUAACAAUGCUGAACCUUGCAAAUAUACCCCAAGGUCUUAAGGGUUAA